GGUCUGCUGGCUCACUGCAGCGCGUGGAGGGGCGAUGGCUCGUACCAAGCAAACCGCUCGUAAAUCUACCGGAGGGAAAGCUCCUCGCAAGCAGUUGGCAACUAAGGCUGCCCGGAAAAGCGCCCCCGCCACUGGUGGGGUGAAGAAGCCGCAUCGCUAUCGCCCUGGAACCGUAGCCCUGCGGGAAAUCCGUCGGUAUCAGAAGUCUACAGAGUUGCUUAUCCGUAAGCUUCCUUUCCAGCGUCUGGUAAGAGAAAUCGCCCAAGAUUUCAAGACCGACCUCCGCUUCCAGAGCUCGGCUGUCAUGGCUCUGCAAGAAGCCAGCGAGGCUUACCUGGUCGGUCUCUUCGAAGAUACCAAUCUGUGUGCUAUUCAUGCCAAGAGAGUUACUAUUAUGCCCAAAGAUAUCCAGUUGGCGCGGCGUAUCCGCGGAGAGAGGGCUUGAGAUUCCACCGGUGCAGCC